AUGAUGAGGAGAAGCCUCCAGGUGGCAGCUAGACUGGGACACCGCAGAGCCCUUCUCAGGACCCCCUGUAUCCUGCCCGGACUCGACCCUGCCGCAGCAUUUGGAUCCUCCACUGACUCCCUGGUCUCAAGGUUUUGUCCAGAGAAGACAGACUUGAAGGACUAUGCCCUCCCCAAUGCCAGCUGGAGCCCAGACAUGCUGAGCCUGUACCAGGAAUUUCUGGAGAAGACCAAGUCCGACGGCUGGGUCAAACUGCCCUCCUUCCAGUCCAACAGAGACCACAUUCAGGGGCUCAAGCUCCCGUCCGGGUUGGUAGCUGCCUCAGACAAAAGUGACUGGCGCAUCUUCACCAGGUGCAUCCAAGUCGAAGGACAAGGCUACGAGUAUGUCAUCUUCUUCCACCCAUGCAAGAAGAAGUCGGUCUGUCUUUUCCAACCAGGCCCCUACCUGGAGGGGCCCCCCGGGUUUGCUCACGGAGGGUCCCUGGCAGCCAUGAUGGAUGAGACCUUUUCUAAAACUGCCUACCUGGCUGGAGAGGGGCUGUUCACACUAAAUCUCAACAUCAGGUUCAAAAACUUGAUCCCUGUGGGCUCUCUGGCGGUACUGAAUGUCCAAGUGGAAAAGAUUGAAGACCAGAAGCUGUAUAUGUCCUGCAUCGCCCAGAGCAGAGACCAAGAGACGGUCUACGCCAAGUCUUCAGGUGUUUUCCUUCAGUGGCAGCUGGAAGAAGAAUCAUCCCCUUAG